UGAGAAAUACAAUAAUUUGAUCUUGUUGUCACUGCGAGAUGGUUGUGCCACUGCGAGAUCUUUCUAAAUAUCUGAGUCGGAGAGUAAAUGUCAUUAACACCGUAAAUGUCAUUGGCGCUGUUAUCGAAACCACAUUUGCCAAGAAAACAAAGCGCGUAUUUCCCAAGAAAAAAAAGGGCAGGGACACGGGCACGGAUUAUUGUUGUAACCUCAGAAUAAUGGAUGACACACAUCACAAUUUCACCAUAUCUGCUACUGUUUUUGAUAAAAAUAUUGAACGUCUUCCUCUUGUGACGGCGGUUGGGGAUAUAAUUCAACUUCGUAGUAUAUUGGUAGAUACCUACAACGGAGAAGUAAAUCUCACUUAUUGGAAAAAAAUUUCAUCAUUUGCUUUAUACAAAGGCAAAGAUGAUGAUAUUUUAGACCCCUAUCAAGUUUCUUCUUCUGAUUUUGUACCCAAAGACGAAGACAAGAUAAUCAUAAAUAAACUGAGAAAAUGGCUGGUUAAUUUCCAGCUUCACGAAGACUUUAGAAAAUUUCCCAUGUUCAGAGAAUUCAAGGAAGAAACUGUCACAAAUUUAACAUGCAAGAUCCUUCAUCAUAGUAAUGUUGCGAAAGAUAAAUGGGUGAUUUAUGCCUGGGAUGGUACCGAUACUCAACCAAAUGCUAUAUGUUCAAAUCUAGAAGAUGAACUUAAGCAUCCACUUCCUUUACAACGGGAACGUUUACCUUUGUCAAGAGAAAUUUUAUGUACUUUGCCAACGGUUGGAUCUAUCUUUAGAAUAGUUUUUGAAACAGGUGUUCAGAAGAGUCAUCUCCACCUUCUAACCGUUGGUAAAUGGGUCAAGAUUACUUAUUUGCGUCUUAAGUUGUAUGGUGGACUAUGGCAUGGUGUUUUUACCUGUCACACAAAGCUUCGAUAUAUAUCAAACGAAGAUCAACUCAUUGUGGAGCGCCAAAGGUUGGCUGAUGAGAGACUGUCUUUAAUAUCAAGAAGAAUGUCUUAUUUGAGCUUUCCUGAGCCUUUACCAAUUACAGCAGUCAAUCAUCGUGAUCAUGUGACACCUGUUACUUUAAUGAGUGUCCUCACUCAUUCAGAGGUGACGGCUAUAUUUAAGUGUAUUGUUCGGGUGGUAGCAGCAAUACCAUGCAAAGCUGAAAAUCUCUGUCUUUCUACGGAGAAAUAUAAAAUGCGUUUAACAUUAAAGGAUUCAACUGCCAGAAUUCAUGCUAAUGUAAUUGAAGAGGAUGUGGUGACCCUUUUUGAUGGUUAUCCUGAUGAUGAAAAGUGGAAUAGGAAGCUGAAUAGAUUACUUGGAGUAUCUGAUAGUAAUGGUAGCAUUGGUGGGGAAAAAGAUACUACAAGAAAUCCACCCUGGGUUUGUGUUUGUCUAAAGUCAUACUAUCUCUCCGAAGAUGAUAUCUGGGGCACUAGAAAUUUCAGAGUAUUUGACACCAAAAUACUGGAAGAUUCAUCAUAGAAUGGAUAUGUUAUGAAUCCUGUUUUUUGCUUCCUUUUGAAGGAAUAUGUAGAGUUUAAUUGUUUUUUAAUGUUUAUUUAAGUUACAUAUUGAGGCCACAAAUGGUAGACUGUUUGGAAAUCUGAAAGCAUCAGGUAGAUCAUAAUGAUUGAACUCACCAUGAAACUAUCUGCAUAGUUCUUACGAAUCCACAAGCUUGAAAGAGGCAGUGUU